AUGUUUCACAACAAAUAUAUCACCCCCCACCCUUCUGUGAACGUGCUUGCUGACAUGAUUUCCAACCAUAACUCAUCUAUUCAUGCGAUGGAUAAAAAUGUACAUGACGAUCCUAAAGAUCAAGUGACGACGAGCUUGGAGCGUGGUUCUAACGUCGAUUCAUGCGUAGUGGCCGGUCUUCAGGACGAUGAUACAUUUACCUCGACUUUUGCGAUCUCCACUAAUCACGAUAUAAAUGUGGCGAAGCCUAAGCGGAGUCGAAGGCCACGCGGUAAAAAAGUAUCGAACAGUUUUGAGGGUACCUCUGCUGCUGAUGGAAGGAAAGAUAAGGAAAUUAAUAAGACGCGAAAGCGUCAAAGAAAAGUACCCUGCGCUGAUGCUGAUAAAGGACCUACUGUUUUGAGCGAUUCUAAUCAAUCAAGCGUGACUGAGACGGAGUUUAAGGUAUAA